CGUGGAACGCAGUCAAUCUUUUUGGACACAACUUUUGGUAUGGCUCGGCGCUUUGGCGUUCUAUGGUGCAUCCUUCUGAUCGAGGUCAGCCAAGCCUCUGUGGUCGAUAUCUUGACACAGGUGAAGACCUUCAGAGAUGCAGGCUUGGCGUUGUUCGACGGUCUUGCUGACGAGCUGAAGACUCGUGGCGAGGAGAAGGCCUCUGGGAAGGCCAAGAAAUUCAGCGAUGACUGGCUCAGUGUCCUGGGCGUGCAGAAGGGUCUUACUGGCCUGGCAAAGGAUUUCACUGUCAACUACCUGGGAAGGGUCAGUUAUCACAGUGUCAACGGCCCUUUGGUGGAUGCUAUCAAGGAGGCUGCGGCAGCUGUUCCAAAUGCAAGAAGUGGUGAGGAGGACCUGAAAUCAUUCUUAAGGCACCUAAAGAAGGUGUGCUUCGAAGGCAAGCGGCUCUUUCAAUCAGGUGGCUCAUUGCACGAGAUGCUGUCGGACCUGCUCGAGCUGCUGGAUGCCGCUGAGGUGAAGAAGGCGAAAGGAUGCGAACCUUUGCUUCGCUUCCGGUGCUCAGAGGCUGAAUGAAGUUCCGAACGAUUCCUGGGCUUCCUGUUGGGAGGCGCUGCCGACAGUGCUUCGUGCAAACCAGCAGUUGAAGGAGGCCUUGAACUAUUUCUCAGGGCCCCGCGUAGAGGCAAAUUCAGAGCUCUGAGAGCACGAAUGCAGCAUGUGUGGAUG